UAUUGUGAUUUCAAUUUGUAGCUACUCUGCGUGAAAAUGUAUUUUUAAAACAUGAUUUUUAAAUAAAAGUCGGCAUGCCACCAAGUCGUUUAGAUUCUAUUUAUCGACGCUUGUUGAUAACUAAGUUUUUCACAAAAGGAUGGGGUAAACCAGAAAACUUACAAAGGUUGUUUGAAUUUAGAAAAAUUAUAUCAAAAAGAGAAAAUUGCUUUAAACUAGUAGAUAAAGAUUAUCCUGUGACUAUAACCAAGGAAGAAGUGUGGUCUGACUGCCGCGUUUUAGAGGGCCAUUUUGUGACACCACUUGAUAAGUUUUUACCAGACUUAGUUCCCGAAGCAGCAAAAUCUGCCCAUUUUCAAAUUUUACUACCUUUAAAAUGGAAAGAGAACAAUUUCAAGCCUAUGUGUUUACAUUUGGCUGGCACAGGAGAUCAUGUGAUAUUUUGGAGAAGAACGUAAUAUAUGGCCAAACCUCUUUUAAAAGAGUCAGGUAUCGGAUCUAUCAUUUUAGAAAAACCCAUUCUAUGGCUUAGGAAACCUAAAGACCAAGUGCGGUCUUGCCUUCACAAUGUGACCGAUAUAUUCGUAAUGGGAGGAUGUCUAGUUUUAGAGUCGCUAGUUCUAUUUCAUUGGUGUGAACGGAAUGGUUUUGGCCCGUUAGGUGUUACUGGCCUUUCUAUGGGUGGUCAUAUGGCGUCAUUGGCUGCCACAAAUUGGCCAAAACCAAUAGUCUUGGUUCCUUGUUUGUCAUGGUCGACAGCUUCUGCAGGUGUUCUAAGUCAAUCAAUUAAUUGGGAACUGUUAGAAACACAA